UCGUCCUUCAGUAGCUCAGUGGGAAAGAUCCUCUACACACUGCAGGCAAACCUGAGCAGGUCCAUGAGAAUAGACAGAAAAGCUAAGGCGCAGCUGACCCUCAUCCACAAAGGAAACCUAAACAGUGAUCCAUCGCUGAUGACUCCACAGAACAGUUUCACUGAUAAGAAAAUGAAGCUCUUUGGAUCAGGAACAGUGGGCAUGGAUGUAAAUAUUGCACGAACAGGCUACCACCUAGGGGAGGGCAUAAAGGUUGUGGCUUCCAUUCAGAACAAAUCAUCUCGUGAUGUUAAGCCAAAGUACUGUUUGUAUGAGAAGUACAGCUACUUUGCGAAGGGGAAGAGGAGAGUCAAAACCAAAGACAUUCUGAAAGAGGUGGGGGAAGCCAUCCCACCCUCUGCAGGUCAGACUGUCACCAGGAUCAUCACCAUCCCUCCCACCAUGUGUGUGUCCAUCUUAAACUGCAACAUCAUCAAAGCAGAGCACAGGCUCAGGGUCUACCUGGAUGUGAAGUAUGAUUCAGACCCUGAGAUCAAGUUUCCCAUAGUCAUCCUGCCCGCUUUACAGGGGCCUGAUGAAGAGCAGCCACCUGCGUAUCCUGUCUAUGGAUUUGAAGCAUUUGCAAACUCAGACGUGCCAGGAGGGACCAGCUUCCUAUAAAAACCAACAGCCUUGUGCCCGUCUGCCCCACAUCCACCCUAUGGUACAUAUGGGAUGUACCCCUCCUUGACUGGUUUUAAUGAGAAAUCCUAG